AUGUGUCCAGUGUCAGUCAAGCUCCCCCAGACCCUUAGACCUCCAAAGGCAGGGAGGCUGACUCUACAGGCGGUGAGGCUGAAGAUGGACUCUCUUCCCAGGGCUCGUAGCUUGGGGCAGCCCUGGAGUGCAGCUGGUUCUCUGUGGGGCUGGGCCGUGUCAAGGCUACACCUGGACUGGACAACAAGGUUCUUUCAGCAGGAUGAAGAGAUGGUGAUUCUGACCCACAGUGACGAGUUGAACCGAACCUAUUGUGAGGACACCGGAUUGCCUUUUGACAACAUCACAAACAAAAACAAGACAAGCGGCGAUGACACCAGAAGAGACAGAACAUCAUUUAGAAGAAACAGCCUGUCUCUGACUGAACAAGAUAAUCCCACUGUGAGGGAGAGACCAGCUCCUAAUCUGACGGGAUCCACCACCACCUUACGGCAGGCGAGUCCAGCUUUCAAAGAAACCAGAGCUACUGUAAUCUCCACUGGGCCCAGUGCCAUCACCAUGACCUCAGCGGUUUCCACUGCGGACUCACCUUGGUUCAAAAAUACAAGGAGUUAUGGCAAAUGGAAAACAUCAUCUAAGAUACAAGCUGACAAGGAUCUGAGUUUUAACCAGAACCAGGGUAACAAGAAAAGAUCCCACGGGUUGGCUACCCUGCUUAGAGGGAAUGUGCAAAAACAAAGACUUGCUGAAGAUGGAGAGGAGAAAAUGGAAGGAGAGGAAAUUGUGGAGGGGGAUUCUCAGCUCUGUACCAGCCUUGAAGAAGAGAGAGCAGGGAUGAGUUUGGCCAGUCCAGUUCAGUGCCCCAGUACCGCCACCACAGGUCUGAAUCCUACUGCCACCAUCACCGCCUGGGAGGCUGGCUGGAAUGUCACAAAUGCUAUACAGGGUAUCUUUGUGUUGGGUUUACCCUUUGCUCUGGUCCAGUCAGGUUAUGUGGGUCUUGUUCUACUGGUUCUGUCAGCCUGGGUCUGCAACCACACAGGGAGGAUCCUGGUGACCUGUCUAUAUGAAGAGGAUCAAAGCGGAGGGUCGGUGUCAAAGGUCAGAGUCCGACACAGCUACCAGGACAUAGUGAAGGUCUGCUGCAAAGGACUGUGGCCCAACUGUCCUGGACUGGGGGGGUGCAUGGUUAAUGGAGCUCAGAUCAUUGAGCUGUUGAUGACCUGUACCCUGUAUCUGGUUGUCUCCACCAAUCUGUUGUCUGACAGUCUAUCAGGGAUGGCUGUUCCUAGAUCAGUGUGUUCUCUGGCGUCUCUGAUGUUCCUGCUUCCCUGCCUGCUGCUGACUGAUCUCAGACCAGUCUCUACCCUCAGCCUGCUGUGCUCCCUGGCUCACAUACUGAUCAGCCUGUUGGUCAUGCUGUACUGUCUGAGUCGGUCCAGCAGCUGGUCCUGGUCCUCCCUGUCUCUGUCCGUGGACCCGGAGGACUUCCUCGUCUCUGUGGGAGUCAUCAUCUUCUCCUACACCUCGCAGAUCUUCCUCCCACCUCUAGAGGGCAGUAUGGAGGACAGAGGGCAGUUUAAUGCCAUGCUGGCGUGGACUCAUGGUGCCGCCUGCAUCAUAAAAACCCUGUUUUCUUUACUGGCCGUGUUGACAUGGGGGGCAGAGACCAGUGAGGUCAUCACAGACAACCUGCCCUCUGACCUUCGACCUCUCGUCAACCUGUGCCUGCUGGCUAAAGCCCUGCUGUCCUACCCUCUGCCAUUCUACUCCGCUGCUGAAAUACUACAGACCUGUCUGCUUGGAGAUAGUGUUAUCUCAUCGUACUCCAAACACGGAGGUCAAGGUGUGCCUCGUCCGGCCCUGAUGGUCCGCGGCGCCUUGUUGAUGACAUCAUACCUACUGGCCCUGCUAGUCCCCAGGUUCUCUCUGUUGAUGGGUUUGACAGGCAGUGUGACCGGGGCGGCCAUGACACUCAUAUUGCCGUGCCUGUUUCACCUCAGACUGCAGUGGAGCCGCCUCACUGUGAGGGAGCGGCUGAUAGAUGUGUGUAUACUGAGUCUAGGGGUCAUCUGUAGUGUGUCUGGGGUGGUUUGCUCAGUGACAAGACUGGUGGAAGGACUCUAG